AUGGCGUGGGAUCACCUUUCUAUUACCAGGCCUCACCUGGUUUACAUCAUUCUAGGAGGUUUUACCUCCCUGUUCAUGCUCUGCUCCUCCAUCAUCAAGGAGCGCAUGUAUAUCGGUGAGGCUACUGUCGCAACCAUAUGCGGCCUAAUUUUCGGGCCUCAUGCCGCGAAUCUCAUCAACCCUCAGUCCUGGGGCAGUGUUGAUAUUGUUACCAUCGAGUUCUCGCGCAUAGUUCUUGUCGUCCAAUGCUUCGCUGUUGGCGUUGAAUUACCAAAGUUUUACAUGGAACGCCAUUGGAAGUCUGUUGUCUUCCUGCUUUUGCCCGUUAUGGCUUUUGGCUGGCUUGUGACCUCCCUUUUUGUCUGGUGGAUGGUUCCACCACUCAAUUGGCUUGAGAGCCUUGUCAUUGCCGCCUGUGUCACUGCCACCGACCCUGUUCUUGCUUCGUCCGUUGUUGGAAAGGGCAAGUUUGCCAAGAGAGUUCCCAAGCAUCUGCGGGAUCUUCUCUCUGCCGAGUCUGGCUGUAAUGAUGGCAUGGCUUUCCCCUUCAUUUAUCUUUCGCUCUAUCUCAUCCAGGACAAGCAAAGCGCUAGAUUAGUCAGCUUCCACUGGAUCGUGUACACCAUCCUUUACGAAUGCAUUUUCGGGGCUUUCUACGGAUUCAUGAUAGGCUACAUCGCUCGCCAUGGAAUCAAAUUCGCCGAACGCCACGACCUUAUCGAUCGAGAGAGCUUUCUUGUAUUCUACUUUGUCCUUGCUCUGUUUUGCGCUGGAUCUGGUAGCAUCCUCGGAAUGGACGACCUUCUUGUUGGCUUCUCUGCUGGCGUCGGGUUUUCCAACGAUGGCUGGUUCGGCCACAAUACCGAGGAAUCGCAUGUAUCCAAUGUCAUCGACUUGUUGCUCAACCUGACUUAUUUUGUGUACCUGGGCACCAUCAUACCCUGGGAGAUGUUUAAUGACACCGCAAUCGGUCUUUCUGCGUGGCGGCUUACCAUCAUUGCCAUCUUUGUCAUUCUUUUCCGCCGCAUCCCCAUUAUGAUGGUACUCAAGCCGCUGAUACCUGAUAUCAAGACAUGGCGGGAGGCUCUAUUCGCUGGCCAUUUUGGCCCUAUCGGUGUCGGUGCCAUAUUUGUUGCUAUUAUGGCUAGGGCAGAACUGGAAUCCGACAAUCCAGUCCCUCUAUCGGAGCUACCCUCUCCAGACGCAGACCAUUACACGCUGUUGACAUUGGUUUGGCCCAUAGUAUCGUUUCUGGUCGUUGCAUCAAUAAUCAUCCAUGGCUCGUCUGUUGCUGUCUUCACCCUCGGUAAGCGAAUCAAUACCCUCACGAUUACCAUGUCCUACACCACCGCCCCGGAAGAUGGGCCGUCUUGGAUGAACCGCUUGCCUCGAAUUUCGUCGCAGUCACGGUCUCAAGCUCGGACCAUGUCCGAUACCGAUUUUGAUGACCUCAAACCUGAGGUUCCUCCGGGAGCUCUGUUGCCUGUCGCCAUGCCGGGCCAGUUCCUGCGUCGCUUGAAAGAAGAGGAAGUCUCAAGCAGACAGGGAAGCCGAGCGUCUUCUCUCGUCAGCCGCCGUCGGAGAAAGAGGUGGGAUGAUGGAAUUGGACCUGGUGGCCCCAUCAGCCAAUCCGCUAUCUAUCCCCAACGACGGAACCAGGGCCACCAGCCAACAACGUCGCAGGGCGACGUCGCAUCAGAUCAAAAUGCACGGCCUCAUAGGCGUGAGGAGGCUCUCCUGACCUCUGAACCCGCAUCUCCUACGGGCCCGGAUGCCGCCACCCAAGACGGCAGCGCUCUCGAGGAGAAUGAGAGGCAGGAACAUAGUCAUUUGUCUGAUGAUGCGGAAAGUUCAUCGUCACCGACGGCUCGGCCAAAACUUGAGGUGUACGACGAGGGCGACAACAUAAUUGUGGAAACCGAACAAGGCGAUGUCAUAGCGGUUGAGCCCGUCUCUCCUGGAAACGAUGACCAAGACGAAAAUGGCAAACUUGACCUUGAAAAGCUACAAGAGAAGCUGAACUCGCACACUCUAAAAUCGGAAGCCUCAACAGACGCAGGAAUCUCUGGUUGGACUUACGAUGCCUUGAAAACCCGAUUUGGUAAUUGGAAAAACGAAGAGAUCGAAAAGCGCAAAGAAAGGCAGAAAGAGCCACGAAAACACGAGCUUGCGCGAGCUUAUCAGUUUGGAAAUACCAUUAUCGUCGAGGAUGAGGAUGGUGAAGUUGUCAAGAAAUACGAACUGCCUUCUCAGAAGAACGAGAAGGAUACCAAUACUGGCGUAAGCCAGAGUCUGAAGUAUAUGGGCAUGGGCAACUUGAUAAAGGCCAGCGAGAAAAUUAAGGAGCACGAUGGAGACAACGAUGCAGAGAGAGAUAUCCCUGCUGAUGCGACGCCCAUAACGCGAGUGGCAAGCAGGCCAGCUGGUAUGUCCGGUUGGAUUGGUUUUACCCGAGCAACACCAGGCGAACCAUCGACUCAGAGGCAACGGAAGAAGAGUGUAGCUGCGGAGCAAGAGGAAGAGGAUGAUCGACACAUCCGAUUCACAAUCGGGGGAGUUGGCAAGCGCAUGACGAAAGAUGGGUUUAUCAACGAAAUGCAAAAGCUGGACCAAAACACCAGACAGGAGGUCAUCGAUAAGUCGAGUGCAUCUCACACUGUCAAGACGCUGGCCAAGCAAAAUUCUGCAGCUUCUGGUCUCGGCGUGCCUAGCUCGCAAGACAGGGCGAAAGCAGUUCCAGCCAUCGAUGAAGCCACAGCAAAGACCAGGGGUCAUGACAGGCGAGAAGUGGGCGCUGGUAGACACUCGAGCAGCGAUGCCGAGUCUAGUCGCCAGUCAUCCAGCUCUCAACUUGCGACGCCUAUCGAGCCUAGGCGUGGACGGAAAGGGAAUCCCGGUUCUCAUACCAAUGUCGGCUCAUCGACUCUUGACGAUGCUGAAACUGGCGUGGAAAGGCGUCGCCGUUUGGCGGUAUUACGAAGUGUCGCUGACGGCAGCGAUGGUAACGACAAACGUGACGAAUCUAGGGAAACGCCGGCUGAAAAACGUCGCCGAGAGGCCGCCCUUGGAAUGUCUAAUCAGCUAGGCGAAGACAGUGACGAUGACGAUACUCCUAGAGUGCCCCCUACUCGUCGCGGUAUUCGCUUUGCCGACACGCCAAGAAAGUUGCAGGGCUGA